AUGACUGUAACUUCAUUUCCUACAUUGUUUACAGAUGAAGGUACAUGUCGCGUCUACUGGCCUCUUAUUCGUACCUCUCUUGACGUAGAAGCCAUAAUGACAAUUGUGAUAGUUGGUAGGUCUGCUGUACCCAAGGGGCUGUACGUUCACCGAAUCCUGACUAGAGAGAAACAGGAUGAUCUGAUUGAUGUGAUACUCAUCAACGGAGCAGGCGGAUGUGCGUAUGGGGCUGGUGUCGAGCAUCGAUAUCCGCUGACCACUCAAUCCGUGCUGUUCGGUAUCUUAGUAUGUGCGUAUGGGGCUGGUGUCGAGCGUCGGUAUCCGCUGACCACUCACUCCGUGCUGUUCGGUAUCUUAGGGGGUGCGUAUGGGGCUGGUGUCGAGCAUCGAUAUCCACUGACCACUCACUCCAUGCUGUUCGGUAUCUUAGGCUGUGCGUAUGGGGCUGGUGUCGAGCAUCGAUAUCCGCUGACUACUCACUCCAUGCUGUUCGGUAUCUUAGGAUGUGCGUAUGGGGCUGGUGUCGAGCAUCAAUAUCCGCUGACCACUCACUCCGUGCUGUUCGGUAUCUUAGUGGGUGCGUAUGGGGCUGGUGUCGAGCAUCGAUAUCCGCUGACCACUCACUCCAUGCUGUUCGGUAUCUUAGGCUGUGCGUAUGGGGCUGGUGUUGAGCAUCGAUAUCCGCUGACCACUCACUCCAUGCUGUUCCGUAUCUUAGGCUGUGCGUAUGGGGCUGGUGUCGAGCAUCGAUAUCCGCUGACUACUCACUCCGUGCUGUUCGGUAUCUUAGUGGGUGCGUAUGGGGCUGGUGUCGAGCAUCGAUAUCCGCUGACCACUCACUCCAUGCUGUUCGGUAUCUUAGGCUGUGCGUAUGGGGCUGGUGUCGAGCAUCGAUAUCCGCUGACCACUCACUCCAUGCUGUUCCGUAUCUUAGGCUGUGCGUAUGGGGCUGGUGUCGAGCAUCGAUAUCCGCUGACUACUCACUCCGUGCUGUUCGGUAUCUUAGUAUGUGCGUAUGGGGCUGAUGUCGAGCAUCGAUAUCCGCUGACCACUCACUCCAUGCUGUUCGGUAUCUUAGGCUGUGCGUAUGGGGCUGGUGUCGAGCAUCGAUAUCCGCUGACUACUCACUCCGUGCUGUUCGGUAUCUUAGUAUGUGCGUAUGGGGCUGAUGUCGAGCAUCGAUAUCCGCUGACCACUCACUCCGUGCUGUUCGGUAUCUUAGGAUGUGCGUAUGGGGCUGGUGUCGAGCAUCGAUAUCCGCUGACCACUCACUCCAUGCUGUUCGGUAUCUUAGGCUGUGCGUAUGGGGCUGGUGUUGAGCAUCGAUAUCCGCUGACCACUCACUCCAUGCUGUUCCGUAUCUUAGGAUGUGCGUAUGGGGCUGGUGUCGAGCAUCGAUAUCCGCUGACUACUCACUCCGUGCUGUUCGGUAUCUUAGGAAGUGCGUAUGGGGCUGGUGUCGAGCGUCGGUAUCCGCUGAACACUCACUCCGUGCUGUUCGGUAUCUUAGUGGGUGCGUAUGGGGCUGGUGUCGAGCAUCGAUAUCCGCUGACUACUCACUCCAUGCUGUUCGGUAUCUUAGGCUGUGCGUAUGGGGCUGGUGUCGAGCAUCGAUAUCCGCUGACCACUCACUCCGUGCUGUUCGGUAUCUUAGGCUGUGCGUAUGGGGCUGGUGUCGAGCAUCGAUAUCCGCUGACCACUCACUCCGUGCUGUUCGGUAUCUUAGCGGGUGCGUACGGGGCUGGUGUCGAGCAUCGAUAUCCGCUGACCACUCACUCCAUGCUGUUCGGUAUCUUAGGGGGUGCGUAUGGGGCUGGUGUCGAGCAUCGAUAUCCGCUGACCACUCACUCCGUGCUGUUCGGUAUCUUAGCGGGUGCGUACGGGGCUGGUGUCGAGCAUCGGUAUCCACUGACCACACACUGUACCGUCCAAUACCUUAGUGGAUGGUGA